GCGACACAAAGGCGAAUAUAAAAACAUAUGUUAGAUCCAGCGUAGAAACCAAUUUCUCCUCGAUAACGCUCCCGCCGUCAUCAAUUGUAUUGCCCGAAUUCUAGAUUCUUGAGUACUUCUUUAUUCUAAGCUCGAUCACCAUGGCAUCUGCCAAAGACUUUAGUACAAUCCCAGCGAAUGCGACUCAGCAACCGACACCGUUCGGGCUGCAUGUAGAUGAACAGAAAUUGCAGGACUUUAAGACCUUGCUGCGACUGUCACCUGUCGCAAGAGAGACGUAUGAGAAUCAACAAGAAGACCGUCGAUUCGGUGUCACACGAAAAUGGAUGUUGGACGCGAAAGAGUACUGGGAGAACUCAUUUGAUUGGCGAAAAGAAGAAGAGCAUAUCAAUUCGUUUCCCAACUUCAAGACCAACAUCACAGAUGACGAUGGCACCACAUUGGACAUCCAUUUCACCGCCCUCUUCUCGGAACGAAAAGAUGCCACCCCAAUCGUGUUCUUCCAUGGAUGGCCAGGAUCCUUCUUAGAGUUCCUCCCUAUAAUGUCUCUCCUCCGCGAAAAGUACACCCCAUCUGACCUCCCAUACCACAUCAUCGCGCCCUCACUCCCAGGCUACACCCUCUCCAAAGACCUCCCCAUAUCCAAAAACUGGACCGUCUACGACACCGCACGCAUCAUGCACAAGCUCGCCCUCUCCCUCGGCUUCGGCACCUCCGGCUACCUCGUCCAAGGCGGCGACAUCGGCUCCUUCGUAUCCCGCAUAAUCGCAGCAACCUACCCCGAAUGCAAAGGCAUGCACCUCAACUUCAUGCACAUGCAAGUGUCUCCCCCGGGGAUCUCCCCCGACUCCAUCACCCCGCAGGAACAAAUCGGCCUUGAGCGCUGCGAGCAGUUCAAACAGACAGGCAGCGCCUACGGCCGCGAACAUGGCACCCGCCCCGCGACAAUCGGACACGUACUUUCCUCGUCUCCCAUCGCCCAACUCGCGUGGAUCGGCGAGAAGUUCCUAGAGUGGACGGACGAGGACUUGCCGCUGCGCACUGUUCUUGCGGACAUCACGCUGUACUGGCUCUGUGAGAGCUUCCCCAGCUCGAUCUAUACGUAUAGGGAGGACUAUGCGUCGAGAGAUGGUGGGUACUUCCAUGGGCAGAAGCAUCUGUAUGUGGACAAGCCGACGGGGUAUUCGUAUUUCCCGAAGGAGCUUGCGCCGAUUCCGAGGUCGUGGGCAGAGACGUCGACGAGGUUGGUGGUGUUCAAGGCUCAUGAGAGCGGUGGGCAUUUUGCGGCGUUGGAGAAGCCAGAGGCUUUGUGGAAGGAUAUUGAGGAGUAUGUUCAAGUCGCGUUCAAAUAG